AUGUUUAAUUUUGUGGGGAAGCUGCUUGGACCACGGGGAAAUUCCAUGAAGCGAUUACAAGAGGAGACGGGAGUGAAGAUGUCCAUCCUCGGCAAAGGCUCCAUGAGGGAUAAAGAAAAGGAGGAGGAGCUGAGGAAAAGCGGCGAGGCCAAAUACUCUCAUUUGAAUAACGACCUUCAUGUUUUAAUUGAAGUCUUCGCUCCGCCCGGUGAGGCCUACUCCCGCAUGAGCCAUGCCCUGGAGGAGAUCAAGAAGUUUCUAGUUCCAGACUACAAUGACGAGAUCAGACAGGAGCAGCUGAGGGAGCUGUCGCUGCUCAACGGCUCCGAAGAGAGCAGAGGGAGGGGUGCACAGAGCAGAGGAACACGACCAGCAGCCACCACAAACAGAGGCCACAGAGGCUCGACGAGGAACGCUGUGGCCCCCCGGGGUUCAGCCGCAGCUACGCACUCCAAACCCCCCACAGCUGUUAUAUCGAGAGACGCACAACCUCCACGAGCCAGAGGGGCAGCAGCGAGCAACUCAUACAGACCGCCACUAAUACCCGCCACACACGAAGCAUUUGAUGAUUACGGCUUUGACGACGGAUAUGGAGGAGAAUAUGAUGAAGAAAGUUAUGAAGGAUAUGAAGAUAAUUACAGCAAUCAGUCCAAGAGCGUUUCAGAUUAUUAUGAAUAUUCACAUGCAAACAGUGGUGAAGACACCUACAACAACUAUGAGGAGGAGUGGCCGACCUCUCGCCCCGCUCUCAAAGCUCCGGUUCUGCGGCUCACACGCGGAGGCUUCAGAAAACAUCCGUACGGUCGAUACUGA